AUGACGCCCGCUACGGGUGGUACUGUUGUAAGUGUGACGGAGCAAGCUGACACUGUGCCAGGCAAGUCGGUGAAGACCGAGGUGUUCCGCUCGGAGAGACCGGACGGCAGCAUCGUGACCAAGACGGUCCGCACGACGACUUGCACCACGAAGCCUGCGGACGGCGAGCUCGUGACGACGAUCGAGGUGGAAACGACGACUGAAACGGAAUCCCCGGACGGCACGACGAGCACUACAGUGGCGACGGAGACCUGCGAAGAGACGGAGACGGAGGAGAGCAGCCUCCCAAUGACGCCCGCUACGGGUGGUACUGUUGUAAGUGUGACGGAGCAAGCUGACACUGUGCCAGGCAAGUCGGUGAAGACCGAGGUGUUCCGCUCGGAGAGACCGGACGGCAGCAUCGUGACCAAGACGGUCCGCACGACGACUUGCACCACGAAGCCUGCGGACGGCGAGCUCGUGACGACGAUCGAGGUGGAAACGACGACUGAAACGGAAUCCCCGGACGGCACGACGAGCACUACAGUGGCGACGGAGACCUGCGAGGAGACGGAGACGGAGGAGAGCAGCCUCCCAAUGACGCCCGCUACGGGUGGUACUGUUGUAAGUGUGACGGAGCAAGCUGACACUGUGCCAGGCAAGUCGGUGAAGACCGAGGUGUUCCGCUCGGAGAGAGACCGGACGGCAGCAUCGUGA